GAUUUGUAGCUCAGGUGGAUGAUUGAUCGAAUUCAUCUAAACUGUAACAUAUUUACGCAGUUACUUCCUGAUCCCCAGUUUUUUAUACAUCGUUUCUCAGAUAUAGAGCAACAAUUAUUAUUGUUUCCUGAGGAUGCAACAGAAAAUUGUAAGUGUUGUCAGUUUAGAUUGCAAUGUUUAAUUGGUUGGUGGGUAAGAAAAGUUGUGAUGUUUGUACAUAAUAAUGGUUACUUUGUACAUUAUUGCGCGUCUAGUUCAAAUUGCAAUAUAAUACCUUCAAGUGUGUACAGUCUUAUAUCUAACUUGAGUGAUGGUCCAUUCAUGACUACUAGAGUACAUAUUGAACAGAUCUUGGUAUUGUAUCCAGCACUCCUAAUCCUACUUAUCUUGACCCGACUGUUGUUGCUACCUGACGUGGUGGUCGGGCUUGCCUAUCGUGAUGAAGCAACCGAGCUAUACUGGCUGUAACAACCGUUCCUCAAGGUCCUACCAUGUCAGACAGGUCGGUUGAAGAG